AUGUCUCAGAAGGCGAAAGGGCUUUAUAAAUCUGAGGCUUUUGAGCACAAGGAGUGUCCCAAGAGCGAGAACUCCUCAGAGAUGCCAGAGACCAUUACCAGCCGAGACGCUGCUCGUUUUCCCAUUGUUGCCAGUUGCACCCUUCUGGGGCUCUACCUCUUCUUUAAAAUAUUCUCUCAAGAGUACAUCAAUCUUCUGCUUUCCAUGUAUUUCUUUGUGCUGGGGAUCUUAGCCCUGUCCCACACCAUCAGCCCCAUGAUGAACAGAUUCUUCCCUGCAAAUUUCCCCAACAAACAGUACCAGCUCCUCUUCACCCAGGGCUCCGGGGAGAGCAAGGAGGAAAUAGUGAAUUACGAGUUUGACACCAAGGAUCUCGUAUGCCUGGCCCUGAGCAGUGUUGUGGGGGUCUGGUACCUGCUGAGAAAGCACUGGAUUGCCAACAAUCUCUUUGGGCUGGCGUUCUCCCUCAACGGGGUGGAGCUGCUGCACUUGAACAACGUCAGCACUGGCUGCAUCUUGCUUGGGGGCCUCUUCAUCUACGAUGUCUUCUGGGUCUUUGGCACCAAUGUGAUGGUGACAGUUGCCAAAUCAUUCGAGGCCCCGAUAAAACUGGUUUUCCCUCAGGACCUGCUGGAGAAGGGGCUGGAGGCUGACAACUUUGCCAUGCUGGGUCUGGGAGAUAUUGUCAUUCCAGGGAUCUUCAUUGCCUUGCUGCUGCGGUUUGACAUCAGCUUGAAGAAGAACACGCACACGUAUUUCUACACCAGCUUUGUGGCCUACAUCUUCGGGCUGGGCCUGACCAUAUUCAUCAUGCACAUCUUCAAGCACGCCCAGCCUGCUCUUCUGUACCUGGUCCCUGCAUGCAUCGGAUUCCCGCUUCUUGUGGCCUUGGCAAAGGGAGAAGUAACUGAAAUGUUCAG